AUGAAGAAAUUUUUUAAAAAAUCAAAACCUGAAUAAGAAGCAGAAAAUGUAACAUCUUCACUGAGGACAAUAUUGGGUCAUUAAAAAGGAAUUAAUGUUACUGUUUUUUCACCUAAUGAAAAAUUAAUAGCUUCAUCUUCUUAAGAUAAACAGAUAAAAAUUUGGGAUGCAGAAAAGCUAUAAUGUAAAAUAGUUUUAAAAGGACAUAAAAAAGGUGUUUGGGAUCUUUGCUUUUCACCUGUAGAAAAAUUAUUGUGUUCUUCAAGUGGAGAUUCGACAAUUAAAAUCUGGAAUCUAGAAAAUGGAGAAUGUGUUAGUACUUUGGAAGGCCAUUAAGGUACAGUCCUUAAAUGUAAAUGGAUUUCUUUUGGUCUUUAAAUAAUUUCUACGGGAGCUGAUGGACUUAUUAAGAUUUGGAAUGCUAAGAAAGGAGCUUGUCUUAAUACUAUAGAUAAGCACUAAGGAAAAAUAUGGGCUUUAGAUAUUAGUGAUUAUGAUAGAUUUGGUAAAUAAUAUAUGAUAACAGGAGGAAAUGAUUCUAAUCUAUUUUUUUGGCAAGAUAUAACAAAAGAAGAAGAAUAAAAAAAAAAAGAGUAAGAACAUGAAGUAUUAAUAUAAUAAGAUAAUUAUUAAUAACAUUUGAGAAAUUAAGACUAUUUAAAUGCAGCAAGAGUUGCUUUCUAAUAUAACUUUGUUAGUAAAUUUCAUUAAUCACUUGAAUUAUUAUUUAACAGAUAAAAUUUUUAGAAUGAAAUUAUAUAUACAGUAUCCGAUAUGUAAUUUUAAAUAAAUGAAAAUAAUAUAAAUGAUGAAGAAAUAUAAAAUUUAAUCCUCAAUUUUAUGUAAUUAGAUUUCAAUAAGUUACUUUACUAUAUAAGGGAUAUGAACACUAUUUAAAAGUAUUCUAAAGUUGCUUAAAAAGUACUUAACUAUGUUAUUAUGAAUACACAUAUUGAUUAAUUUGAGGGUCUAAGUAAAAAUUUCAAAAAGUAAGAAAAAUAAAAGAAAGAAAAUAAUAAAGACGAUAAAAUUAACAAUUGUACUCCUUAAUAAGAAUUUAUAAAUAUGUUGGAAAUCUUGAUUUCCUAUUCAUAAAGACAUGGAGAAAGAAUGGAAAAAUUCAUUAAAAAAUCUUAUUAUUUAGAUUUAGUUCUUUAGAAAAUGGAUAUUUUAUAAAUAUCUGAAUGA